AUGGGAACUCUUGGUACAAAUGGAUCUGAUUCUGAAGAGGAAUCAUUCAAUUGUAAUGUUGUUGACUCGCCAGGUGGGAAAACCAAGUUAUGGAAACCUACUGUUCCUGAAGAAUUUAUGCCAGAUAUAGAUGCUACUUAUCAAUCAUUAGAGGAGGCGGUUGAAAUGUAUAAAUUAUAUACAUAUAAAGCAGGUUUUGGUGUCAUGUUAAAUACAGUAACGAGAUUUGGUGACAAAACCAUUAAAAAAAGAAUGAAGAUGGGAAACAUUAUAGGUGACAAGGAUGCACAACUGGUUGUUGACAAAAUGAACAUGAGGAAAGACGAGUUACCAAACUAUUUGACCAUUGAUAACCACAAACGUUCAAUAAACAUUGGAGCAGGUUUGUUAAGCAACGAGUCAAUAGAAUCUUAUCGUUGGUUGCUUGAAGCUUUUUUCAAAGCACAUGGAAAAAACCCCUCAAUUAGUGUUAAAAGACCAAGAUCUAGUGAUUCUACAGGAGUUUAUGUUUUCUCAAAAAUGAUUAGCACAGAUCCUGUUUCAGCGAAUUUUCUGAAAAACACUGAUUUUCGAAAGAGUUUUACUAAGCUUGUUUGGAAUGUAUAUAUAGAGCCAAAAGUCUUUGAAUCAAGGUGGAAACUUCUUAUGAGAAAAUUCAAACUACAAGACAAAAGAUGGUUCAAAGACAUGUACAAGGAUCGAAAGCUUUGGAUUCCAGCCUUUUUUAAAGACAUGCCACUGCAUGGUCUGAUGAAAACUACUUCAAGGUCUGAAAGGGUAAACUCAUUUUUUAAUAAAUACUCUAACUCAGGUAAUUUUCUUAUUUAUUUCAUGAUGAACUACGACACCGCAAUUGGAAAGCGACGAAAUGGUCAACAGAGACUAGAACAUGAUACAACAAAUGCAAAGCAUGAAAUGACGCUUCCAACUGGAUUACUAGAAUAUGCAGCUACGGUUUACACUAAAACCGUUUUCUAUGAGGUCAAAAAGGAAAUAUUUAAAGCAGCCUGGUACUAUUCUAUUGACAGCGUUGAAAUGAUUGAUGGGUGGCCAGUUGUUAAGAUUACACAAACGGAUAAGAGCAAACAGUUGAAGAUAAAAUGCAAGGUUGAACUAAAAUUGCCUGAAAAAGAAGUUAAAUGUUCAUGCAAUCAUUUUAUACAGAUUCCAGAGCAGUAUAUUCUCAGAAGAUGGAGAAGGGAUGCAAUUUCAAGCCAUUUGCUUGCCAUGAAACAUGUUGCCAUGGAAACAGAAGAUGACACCUUUAAACUUCUAACAGAGGCUUACAGUAAUAUUGAAUACUGCUUGGAUCAUUUCAAAAGAAAUAAGGAGAAAUUGUUGGCUUUUGUUGAGAACACGUGUAAGUUGAAGCAUGCAGCAAUGGAAUUUGGUUGUUCAAACCAAUCAUCAUCUGAUAAUGAUGAAGAAGAAAUUAUUCGGAUGCUAGGAAUACGAAACAUUCCUGAAGAAAUAAAUAUACAUCCACCUUCAUCAAUGCGUACCAAAGGGAGUGGAACUAAGAAAAGAAUGGUUAGUGCCAUUGAGAAAGCUGUUGCAACUGCAAAGAAAAAAACUAGAAUUUGCACAGGUUGCAAUCAAUAUGUUAACCAUAAUUGGAGGACUUGCAAAGUCAGACUUGCACGAGAGUCAAAACAACCUUAA